AUGGCUUCCAAGGCACAGAGUGAGAAUUGGUCGGAUGAGACAAUUUGCUCCACCUGCCUUGAAUUCUUCACCAAUCCGGUUUCACUGGAGUGCGGGCACAAUUUCUGCCGCCACUGCAUCACUCGGUGCUGCGAAACGAAUAGUGUGAAUUGCUGCCCGGAGUGCAGGCGCGAAUUUCCGGGUAUCCCUUCCGCGAUCAACUGGGCCCUGGCGAGUCUGGCCGAGAAAGCACAAAAUUUAAAGCAGAGCCAGAAGGAGAAGAAAAGUAAACUCCUCUGCGAGGAACACGAGGAAGAGCUGAAGCUGUUUUGUGACACUCACAAGAAACUGAGCUGCGUGAUUUGCCGGGACGCGCGGGAACACAAGUCUCACAACUAUAUACCGAUUAAGGAAGCUGUCGAAAUCUACAAGGAUCAGAUGAAAUCCACCUUCAUCUCUCUCUCCAAGAAGAUAUCAGAAUUCCAGGAAAUGGAACUGCAGCAGAAACAGACGAUUAGUAAGAUUAAGAAACAAUCACGCUACCUACAGACUCGCGUGGCUUCAGAAUUCGCUGAAGUGCACAAGGUUCUCACCGAUAAAGAACACAGCUUAAUCAAAGGCCUCAAGGAAGAAGAGGUGAAAUUCGUGAGCAUAAUGGAAAUAAAUCUUAAAUACAUUCAAGAUAAGUUAAUAUCCAUCCAAGGGAAGCUGGCAAACGUGGGAAAACAGAUGAAGCAGAAAGAUGGAGCUACCUUCCUGAAGGAGGAAACCUCUCGGAAAAGCAGCCUCAACGAAACAGGUCAGAAAGUGUCGGUGACUGGAGGCAGCCUCUCGAUGGGACAUUUCAACUGCACUUUACCGUUUGCAGUGUGGAGAGAAUAUAUUGACACUGUUAAAUCUGACUCUGUGACCCUGGAUGAGGAUAGCGCGCAUCCGGAGCUCGAGGUGUCCGGCAGCCUGAUGAAUGAGGUGGCGGGGAGUCGGCGCUGGAGUCUGGGAGUCGCCGCAGAGUCUGUGGAGAGGAAGAGACGGGUCGACCUGAAACCGGAGGAAGGAUUCUGGACCAUCGAGAGAUAUCGCGAGGAGGUUUCCACAAGCAAUUCUUCCCAGACCCCUCUCUCAGCCGGUCCCGUUCCCGGGAGGGUGGGAGUUUACCUCAGUUACGAUUCGGGGACAGUCUCAUUUUAUAAUGCGGACACCAAGUCCCACCUCCACACCUUCACCGGGAAUAAAUUCGUGGGGAAAAUGUAUCCCUUCUUUGGUGCUUGGGAUGAAAAUCAAUGGCUGAAGAUAUGCUUCAUUCCCUGCUCGAAUCAGUAAAAGGGUCGGGUCCCGGGACCGGCGUCAUGAGUGGGGCUGAGUGGCUGUGGGGCAGAAACCGUGUGAAAAACAGGUUGGCGCUGAACCGGUUUCAUUUAAUCCCCAAAUUUCGCGUCGGAAUAGACUAGUAUAAAUAUCAGUGUGGGUUUGUGUCUUUGCGCAUUUGUUCAAUGGAUCAUCAUUAGUGAAGGAAUGGCGUGUGUGAGAUUAGACACAAAUUCCUGGAGAAACUCAGCGGGACAGGCAGCAUCUCUGGAGAGAAGGAAUGGGUGACGUUUCGGGUCGAGACCCUUCUUCAGACUAGUGUCAGGGGAGAAGGAGACCGGAGAGAAAGGGACACAGCCGCCUGUCUGUCAGCAGAUAUUUUCCCUCCAAAAUAAACUUUAUUCAGAA